GCAUGGUAUAGCUAGUUCACCUAUAAAACAUUUAGAGUGAUAAAGAAAAGAAGAGAUGGAAGGUGGUUGGUUUCCCAUUAAAGACAUAGAUGAUCCUUCUGUUGAUGACAUCGCCAAGUUCGCCAUCACAAGGAACAACAAAGAGAACAACUCGGCACUCAAGUUACAAACUGUUGUUUCCGGCGAAUCUCAGGUGGUAUGUGGCAUUAUUUUUCGGUUAAUUAUUGAUGUCAGUGAAGGAGACGACGGAGAUAUCAAGACCUACGAGGCGGAGGUAUACCAGCCGCCCUGGCGUGAUAAUCCCCUGGUUCUUAACUAUUUUAAACUCAUCAAUUAAGCAAUGUUGGCUCUCACAGUUUCCUUAACCAAUUGUACCAAAAUACAUUAUUUGUGAAUUC